AUGCUCAGGCCGCCUCCCAUCAAGCCCGCUUUCCGUUCCCAGUCAAGCUUGACCCGCUUUUUGUUCCAGCUCGACACUGGAUCCGCAAUAAGCCCAUCAUGCCAAUUAGGACAGCCCGACUUUGCAAAUAGGACGACCCGACUCCAACGUGGCCCAUUACUCGCAGCUUCUCAAACCCGUCAUCCAACGCGGCUCACUUCGCGUCCAACAUACUUCGACAAAAUGCGGUCCCCACCUCCAACAAACAACUUGGCCCUCCUUGGCCUCAAGGACAUGAAUCCAACUUGCGCAGCCCAACCUUCAGAGGCCCACGCCUCCUCCCUCCAUGUCGGGACUGCCCAAAGAAAGACAUAG